AGCGGCAGCAGCUGCAGGUGGGGCGGGGGCCGCAAGAGCCCAGAGAUCCCAGCACACGCGGACAGUCGGCGGGACUGCAGCCCGGGGCAGCCAAGUCGCGCCUCUUCAUCCCGAAGCUUCCUGAAUAUCAAGGCCUGAUGCUCCCAAGAAGCAAUUUCUGGUAGAAAUCUGAAGAUUAUCUUUAAGGAAAAACAGUAAAUGAAUUAAGGACAAGAAGGUUUCCAAUCAGCCCCUGCUAUGUGGAUAUUUGUUAGCAAUGACUGAUGUGGAAACUACAUAUGCAGAUUUUAUUGCUUCAGGAAGAACAGGUAGAAGAAAUGCAAUACAUGAUAUCCUGGUUUCCUCUGCAAGUGGCAACAGCAAUGAAUUAGCCUUGAAAUUAGCAGGCCUUGAUAUCAACAAGACAGAAGGUGAAGACAAUGGACAGAGAAGCUCCACAGAACAAAGUGGGGAAGCCCAAGGAGAAGCCGCCAAAUCUGAAAGCUAACAACACUCCGUUCUGACCGUCAACAACGCGUGACAAUGUGGCGAAUCUCCUGGCAUUGCUCGGAUGAAUUUGCUGCCACAAGUGAAAGAGAGGGGAAGAACAUGGCUGCGCUGUGUGGCCAGAAGCUGUUCGCUGCCAUGUUAAAAGUGGGGGCGGAGCCUGUGUCUGCAGACAGCCGUUUCCCUACCUCUGUCAUUAGCAAUGGUUGAAAUCACCUGGCCUGUGCUUGGAUAUCGUUUUUUGUAUGGGUCUUUUCACUUGACCGUAUAAUGAAAUGCUUGUAGAGAGUAGCACCAACCUCGCUGAUGAUUCCUGUAGCAUCUGGCCCCUCAUGAUGUCAGAGGAUUUAAUUGUGUCUAAUUGAAAAGGGUUGGCUGAACCCCAGAGUUUAAAUAUCUCUGGUUGGAGUAUUCACCCAGUAAGUAAAAGAACCAUCCAGAGAGCACUGUUAGCAUUGUGUCCCUGUGUGUUAGUGCUGUGUUAUUUACACCGUUUUGUAUCGUACAGUAUGCCUGCUCAGCACUGCCCUUUGACUGCUUAUGUAAAACAAAUGAUGUACACUACUGUGAAUUUUUAUACCACUCAUUUUUUAAAGGGCUGCCUUUUUAAUUUUCCAUAGUGUUGUGGCAUGCACGGGGAAGAACAUACUUUUGUAAACACUGUUUUCCCCAUGAUAACUGUGUGCUGACGACUAAAUCCACCAGACUCACCAAGACCCCUUUGCUUAUUAUACAGGCAUUUGGAAAUAUCCAUUAAUGUGAAUAUUGCCUGAGUUCAGUCUUCUCAGUCUCUGCACAGACAAGAAUUCUAUCAAUAUUGAUUUUAUUUCUAAAUAAGAUGUUCUUUCAGCUGAUAUUUUGAGUUUUCAUAAGAAUUUUAGAAAUUGAGAAAGUAGAAGAAGAAAGCCAGAUAAUACUAAGAACUGGAAAGACCGUGCUCUGUGUGUCAGUUUUCUCAUGCUGAUGUAUGCCACUGUUUAAUCUGGAGGCUGGCUUGUGAGGAAGAUACUCUCUACCCGAUCCUUGCGUAUCAGUCCUAGAUGUGAAGCCCUUGUGCUGUGUCCUACCAUGUCCUUUUUCAGCCCUUUCAUAUCCAGAUGCACUUUUUAAUGUUUGUAAACUUUUACUAAUAAUUAGUGUGAACUGCAUUCUGAUACAAUAAUUAUCACCUAACCACACUUUUACUGAUGCUGUUGAUGGCCUAUGGUGUGUUUUGACAUCGUGACUCUUGUAUGGAAAAUUUCUGUGACCUGUGUAAUCCUUCUGGUCAGUAUUAUGAAGUCAACUGUCUAUGAUAAUAAAUAAGGAUUCAGUAAGAUGCCCAGGGCUCAUGAAUUGUGGGACAAAUAACAGAUGACAGGAAGCCUUUGCAACAAACGAUCCCCUAAGUGCGCUGGAGGGCAUAACUACAGCUCCGGAUUGAGUAGAGAGCAGUGCAUCAACAGGCAGUCUGUGGGGCUGACAGGAGCUGUAGUCAGCCUGGAGUCACUCACAAGGUGGAAGGUCCUAUGCCUGCUCACAUCUUCCUGUACGGUGCAUUUUUACAGACGGGGAGUAGAUGAGUCUCUUUAGUUCCCAACUGAAUGUUUUCCAGAAACACAAGAAAUGUUAAGUAUGUCUUUCUGGAUAUAGAACAGCAAAUAGAUUAAGUAUGGGAGUCCUUGCUUUGAUCUAACUCCUUGGAGGCUAGUUAGGAGUGAAAUAAACCUACUUAGUGAUAAACUCAAACAUGUGAGCAGAAGCUUCCAGGCCUGUUUAGACAAUCUUUGAUAAUCUACCUAAAACAUUCAACAGUUUUCAACGUCCUUGUUUAAUUAUCCUUAUAGCUCUCUUGUGAAUAUAAAGUUCAUUCUUAACGUUGUGGAAUUCCAAACUGAUUUCACGUGCGUUUUGUAAAAUUUAAAAGCAGUGCUGAGUCUUUGUGGAAGGUUUAUAUACCUGUGUGAUAUAUUAUUAUUAAUGCAUGUGGUGCCAUGCUUGUCUUCAAAUAGAUAAGAAGUGCUAAAUGGAGAAGUCAUAUGGAGCUUUUGAUUUUGUUUGGCCUCUUACUACUACUUUGUAUACUGUAUUUAAACCCAGAGAUAUUCUCAAGCUGGGAAGGAAAAAAAAAUUAACAUUCUCAGGCUCCCACACUGUAUCAAUUUUCUUGGCAAAAGUGCAUAAAAUCUUCAAAUUUUCAUUUAAUAUCUGUUACUUGCAAGUAAGUAAUAAUACAUAGGGAAUGAAUCUGUAACGACAGAUGGAAGAGUAGGCAACCCAAACAAGUGAUUGUUAACUACUCCAACUGAGUCACUUCGAAACCCUUUCUUUCAACAAUUCAAAUGCACCACUUAGAGUUUAAUCUUUCCCCCUUUUCACACAUUGGGACGUGAACAUGAAUAAGGACGAAUUUUUGCAAGACUAGAAAGCUAUUUUGAGCCCAUGUUUAUCUAUCAACAGAAUUUUGGUUCCACAUGUCACAAAAUUAAAGCUAAUUGCACAGCAUAUUUCUCUGUGUGGAAAAGGUCAGUGAUGCCCUCAUUCAGCUGUGUUUGACAGAAAAGGACAGUGAGUUCCAGAAGGGACUUGUCUCUCUUGGGAAUUGCAGGUGGAUGAAUGGCACAUGUGGCUAAGCCCACCUUUUCUUUUGUUUUAGGUUUUCCUUAAAUAUUCAAUUAGGGCUUAUUUUGAGAGUUUACUCCUGGCAUAUGAGUCAAAAAUUUACAUAGGUUUAUGUUAUGAACGUGUAUCGACAUUCUAUGUUUUUUUUUAUUGAAUUACCAAGAAACAAAGAUUUUGGGUUUUGAUACAUUAACGAGUGAGAAGUUGUUGAAUUUACCUGUUCUCAACUGAGAGCAUUCUAUGUCAAUGCUUGCUCAUCCCGAGUUCACAAAAGUGUUCUCGCUCUGUAAAACGAAUCAUGACAUUCAUUUUUUCCAGAAAUCCUAACACAGUUCUCCACUGUUGCCCUACCACUGAGCCUUUCUUGGACGUGGCAGCAAGGCACCAUUUUAGAAAAUGAAUGGCAUUUCUAUUUCUUCACAGAGAAGUAACACAAGAAAAAAGAUGUAACCGAUGGGCAGCAGGCUUCUGAGUUAAACCUGCGGUAGUAAGGAGAAAAUGUGUUAAAUGAAAAAAGAAUAAAGGAUCCAUAAUUGAUGAUGUCUUAGAAGCCCGGCAUUGUUCUUUGACUGAAGAAUGGCAGCCUUGGAAGUCAUUUGUGAGCUUCUAUGACUUUUGUAUUUAGCAAUGUUGCAUGCUCACACAAUUGAUAAUAAAAGCAACACUUCUUUUCUGAAA